GCUCAUCACUCUGCUAUAGAUAGUCCAGUUGUGGUGACAUCUUAGUCUCACAUAGUAUUCUUCUUUACGCAACGGCAACAACUUGAAGUCGCUUGAGAGACGACCGAGGCACCAUCUCGUCAGAGUUGUAUUUUGGGCAACGUUGGGGCAAGGAGCAGAAAGAAAAUCAAAAUCGGUGAAGAUCAAGAUAUCGGACAUCUGUUGUUCAACAAUCCUACAAAGCAAGACAACGCAACGGUCUUUAUUUUGACUUACUGUAGGUUUUUUUUUGCCCAACAUUUUGUGAGCGGUAGGAAGGUCGUAUCAUCUACUUCAACUAAAAACUUUUAUCAUGCCGGAAGAAGAGCUUCCGCAGAAGGCGGUGCCGAGCUUCUGGCGCACCACGCAGUCCGAGAUUGGGUUCGGAAACCGGGUGAAAUCGAAGAAGGACCUCCUCACGCCGAAGGAAGUGAUCCGGAGAAAUGACGACCUGAAGAAGCCGGUCCGGCCGGUGGUAUGCAUUGCAAAAGUAUCGCACUACGUAGAAAUCGCAUGACAAAUUCCCUUAGCAUGACAAAUGCAAAUGGAAUUUAUAUAUAAUGUGGGUUUACCACAAGAAAGGAAUUUGCAAUGCAUGAUUGGGAUUACCACGGGUGCGAUACUUUUGCAGAGGAUAAGUGGUCGAGGACACGGACUUCAUUAUGACAAACACCAUCAAAAAGGAAGCCGAUUCCAUCAAUGCGGAGCGGGUACUACUCUAUCUAAGAAGUGGUUAACGACCUAAAUGAAAUAUAAGUUAGAAGUAGGCAGAAAGAGAAGCAGACUUUUGUUGAAACUUCUACGUUUCUUGGCUUGUUGUUCGCCUGUAUUUAUUUUGCAACGACAAUUUUGAAUACUCCGCCAGGUACUGAGCGCGCACGUGUUGCCGAAGAGGUUUCCCGUGGACCCGGACCGCAUGAUUUAUCCGCCUUUGCGCGAGGUAUCACAAGGAAAAAGUGACAGUUACACAUUGUGUUGCAGGCCAAGCAAGACAGACAAGCUCUGUCAUGCCGGAUACGUAUAGAAGCCUCGUCUCAUAGGUGCUUUCCCGUAGGAUUUCUGCAUUACAAGUUUUCUCUCUCAUGCAGAGAAAUUUGUGUUGCUGAAUUGACUACAAAUUUGUAACUGUAACACUUUUUUCGUGGGAUACAAGGAGAACCCGCUGUACUACACCACCUCCAGUGUUUAUGGCAAGAAAAGAAAAGACUGUUUCACCGUGAACUUGUGAUGCAGAAAAUGGAACACAGAACUAUUUGUCUUGCUACACCUGCAAGAAGUUGGAGAAUUAGCCGUGUUUUCCCUUGGGAAGCGCGCAUGCCAAAAUUUGUGUGUCAUGUGUAAACAAACUUGUGGUGCAGAUAUUGCAAAAUCAUCACAGUGAAACAGUAUUUUUUCUUGGAUAGUGUUUAUGGCAACGAGAAGCCGCGGCCCCACCAGGUGGCGGACGCGUUUUUUCCGAAAAGCAACAAGUUCUCGCACUCCUUCACCGAUAGCAAGCCCCGAAACGCCGGCCUGAACUGUUCCCAGGACCCGGAGGUCUACCGCAGUCAAGGCUUGUAGAGGAUUGUUCGCAAUGACGACGCUCAAGGUGACAAGCUUAGGAGAUAAAAUUUGCUUUCAUGACAAAAAUCAACUUAUUUGCAAAUUCAAAACCUCAGUAGACAGGAGCAAGAACAUUGAAGGCACCUCGUAGAAGUUCAACAGCGGAUUAUCUUUAUCGCUCCUGGAGAGCAUUGCUUUGCGCCACAUACUCCUUCCCUUUCGAUCUCUUUUCUACUCUUGUUGUUUCUACUAGUAACCCUUAAUCAUCAUCAAGACCUCUUGACGCAUCUGCGUCUGUUGUCACGCGCAGGCAACAAGUUACUUACUCAAACCGAAAGUAAGAAAAUGCAAACAGAAAAUGCAGCAUGUUGUAGAACGAAAAGUCGCCACCUCCAGUUGGUAGAGAAGUAAGUAGGCCUCCGCGUUGGACUAUCAAUGAAAAAGGUCCUGCUUGCCUAUAGCUUGCGACUCUCGAAGUCGAUGCCGCCAACGGGUCGUUCUUGUGACAGUAGCAGUACAAUCAACAGCAAAUUCAUCACCCAACGGGCUGCUUUGAACAUCAAUUACUUACAGUAGCAGUAACACCACCAGCACCUCAACUUAAGUUUUUGACCACCUUCGCUUCAGCAGACAGUGACAGAUUCAAACUCGGAACUUUUUCGAAGAGCUUCGCCACAAGCCUUCGCUCGUUGAUGCCAUGGUUCAGGACGACCAAGUACGAGAUAUUCUUGUAAAUCGUUUGUACACAGACAACUCCGCUCGCGCUCGUGGAGCAAGCGCAAGAGCUGGAGAAAGAAGUAGAAUCGUCUCUACUUCUCCUGUUUUUUGCCAGCCACACUGUGAGCGCCGUGUCUUCUCCGACAGAGCGGAAUGAAGACAGUGAUGUUUGUUCCGUCAGAAUUAUGACGGGCUGGGGCGGCCUAGUAGUCGAGAUCGUGUUUGAGCUGUUUUUCAAAGAAGUGUGAGCAGUUUGUGUACUACUGAUUGGAAUACUAAAUUUUUUUGAGCGACGAGCAAGGAACUGUGGUGGGGGCAGCCUGAAUAAAA